UACAGGAGAAGAUGGACGAACUGGAUGCCGUCAACGAGGAAGCCGAUCACACGGUUACUCAACUGCGCGAGGACAAUUUGCGCUUGCACGAUGUGAUUUCGUCACUGGAGGAGCAGAAGGACGCGCUAGAGGCAGAAAAAGAGCGCCUCAUCGUCGCUGCUAACGACUACAUGGCAAGGAAGGAGCGCGAGCGGAUUUUGCAGAUCGGACGCUACGCGGAGAAACGACGAGGUAGCACAGGAGGAGCUAAUCGGGUGGACCCAGGUACGGACGACGACGAAGGCGAUGAGGAUGCCAUACUGCUGAUCGGUCCAAAUUACUUUGAGGAGCCAACCUUUCCGCAUGCGCCGGAGCGCUCCGCUAGUCGUAGUAAGCCCUCGACCCCAACGGUUGGAACUGCAGAAAAAGUCGCGUUCCCUUCAUCAGCAGCAGGCUCACGAAGCGGCACUCAUCUGCAAGUACCAGGCCACCCGGCCGCUGUGGGGGCGGUAGGAUCUCCAAAGUCUAGCGCCGACAGUGUAGAGCUAAAAGACAGCGGUAGCGGAAAGAAAAAGAGUGCUCAACAUGAUGUUGAUUUGGUUAGUACGCUCGACAAGAAGAGCGGAGCCUCUGCCGCUGGCGCUGGUACGGGCGAUAUGUCUCCGAGCAGCGCGUCAAAGAAGCGUCCCGGACUCGGAGAAGCGUCGGAAAAUGCGGAUGGCGACGAAGCGUGGC